AUGGCCUCCGUCGCUUGUUCACGACAAGCCCUUGUGAUUGUGAUUAGCGUUCUUAUUGCGAAUGCCGUUUCCGGACACUUCAUCGAAGCGACUGACAAUCAAUCCGGCAUUACUGAUGCUGAUACGGACCCCCCGUUAGAAGAACCCCCUGUUCACAUUCCUGACGUCAGCAAGGUUCAACGGCUUUCCUGGAAGCCUAGGGCAUUCCUGUUCCCCCAAUUCUUAUCCGAGGCGGAGUGUGACUACAUUGUCAACUAUUCACGUCCUCGGAUGGAGCGGUCCACAGUGCUAAGCGAGAGUGGGAAGAGCGUGCGGGAUAGCAUACGCACCAGCGAUGGCUCCUUCAUUGUUAAGUACGAGAAUGCAGUCAUUCGGCGCAUUGAAGAGCGUGUGGCUGCUUGGACCUUCCUCCCCAUCGAGAACCAGGAGGCGAUGCAAGUGCUGAGGUACAGAGACGGGCAGGAGUACGGGGCACACUGGGACUACAUCGACCCUGCCAAGGCACCCACCCCAGGGGGCCCUCGCUAUGCCACAGUGCUCAUGUACCUCACUGAUGUGGAGAAGGGCGGCGAGACUGCCUUCCCUGAGUCCGAGGUACGAGGGACGCACUGA